GAAAUCUUUGACACACUGAUCCUACACGAAGAUCCGUAUCGAUCUAGAUUCCAAUCGGUCUAUCAGAGUGAUAUCCGAGGUCCGUCUGGACACAUUACAUCUCCGUUCAUUGUUUGAGAUCUACCACAUCUCGACUUCACUUGUCGCGUCAACAAUUCAUCAUGGCAACCUCGACGGAAGACGUGACAAACAUUUUCCAAGAGUUGGGCACCUUGGAAAGAUCAUUCGCCGAGGUGGAAAUCGAUGCCUUGCGACGAAAAGAACAAGCCUUGAAGCCCCUCUACGCGCGCCGGAACAAGCUACUCUCCCGAGUCCCUGAUUUCUGGCCGACCGUCUUUGGCAACGGCCCCGAGGAUGUCCGACAGUUCAUCUCACCCAACGACCUUCAACUUCUCUCCUCAAUCACCUCCUUCUCGGUCGAGCGGUAUCAAAUCAAGUCUGAAACCGAUGGCGAGCCGAGAUCUCUGCGGUUCACCUUCGAGUUCGCCGACAAUGACAUCAUCGAGGAUAAGAAGUUGGUAAAAGAAUUCGAGUAUCACGCGGCGGAGGCCGGCCCAGGGAGCAUGGUGUCUAAACCUGUCGCAAUCAAGUUCAAGAACAAGAAGAAGGAUCUGACAUCCGGGUUGUUGAAUGCAGCAGCCGAGUUGUACCAGGCCGAGGAGGUCUUGAAAUUGAAGAGUGGCGAUGACAAGGAGAUUAACAUUGUCGAUCGAGAGGCACUAUGGCAGUAUGAGAAGCUCCGGGAAAAACUGUCCCAGCUCGACGAAGAUGCCGACAUGGAGACAAGCUUCUUCGCUUGGUUUGGCUUCCGUGGCGCUGUCAAUGCGACAGACAAGGGAAAAUCAGUGGACGCAAACGGUCUUGACGGCGCCGAGGAGGAGGACGAAGAUGAUGACGAAUUCUCCGAGUUGCUCGAGGUCGAAGUGUUCCCCGCUGGUGAAGAGGUUGCCAUUGCUUUGGCUGAGGAACUGUGGCCAGACGCCAUAGAUUAUUUCGUGUCAGCCCAAGAAGAGGUCGCCGACGAUUUUGAUGGAAUGGACGAGGGUGAGCCGUCUGAUGACGAGAAUGCGCCUGAGCUUGUUGAAGUGGCGGAGGAUGAGGAUGAGGAUGACGCCGACCAAGACCGACCGCACAAGAAACAGCGCAAGGCUUGAGGAGAUGUCGUGCGUCGUUGUAAUGUCCUUGUAUUGUGCACAUUAGUAAAUGAAGAUAUGGGUCCAAAAGUCGUUGGGAGUUUGCAUGGUCGGAUCUUGGGGUGUCUUGUCGCUUUGAUGGCAAACUCCGAUGGACUUUCGAGAGAGAUGGCAAGAUAGAUUACUAGUGGGGAAUGAGAACGUUGAACA